GGAAGGAAUCAGUACAUGAAGGUUUGCUGGAACGCCAUACUGGUGGGAGAUUCCACUGCAGAGUUGCUGGCAGGAAAUUCUGCAUAUGCAACUGGUAACAACCUGAUUUGUCUAAAUAGCAUGGAGGCACUCAGCGUGGCCAACGUGGGUUUCGCCAUUGAUUUCUUCAAGCAUGUGUGCAAGACUCAAAACCACCAAAAUGUCCUGGUUUCACCAUGGAGCAUUUCCUCUAUUAUGGCGAUUAUAUACCUUGGGGCCAAAAACCGUACUGCAGAGCAGAUAGCCAAGGUGCUUCACUUUGAUAAAGCUGGAGGAAAUGAGACUGCCUAUCGAAGAAGACAUCCACGAGUCUAUUCCAAACUAGAAGAGCUUUUGUAUAACCCUUGCAUCCAGAUUCCAAAGCUUGAGAACUCCGUUGAAACAUCAGACAACAUCCAUUCAAGAUUCCAGGCACUUAGCAAAGAAAUCAAUCAACCCACCAAACAUUUUUUGCUUAGAAGUGUCAAUCAACUUUAUGGCGACAGAUCAGUGCCUUUCCAAAAAGACUUUUUACAGUCAGUGAAGGAAUGCUAUAAGGCAGAGCCACAAACAGUAAACUUCCAAGAAGCUGCAGAAGAAGUUAGGAAGAAGAUCAAUUCCUGGGUUGAAUGCCAGACAGAAGGUAAAAUACAGAACCUGCUGAGUGAGGGGUCUGUAGAUUCACUCACCCAGCUAAUCUUGGUGAAUGCGCUGUACUUUAAAGGAAACUGGGCAAAGACAUUCAAGAAGGAAGAUACAACAGACCAGCCUUUCAGAUUGAACCAGAGCACGAGUAAGCCAGUGAAGAUGAUGUUUCAGCAUGAUACAUUCAACUGGAACUACAUAAGAGAGCUACAGACUCAGAUUCUAGAGCUCCAGUAUCUCAGAAAUGAACUCAGCAUGUUUAUAUUGCUCCCUGAUGACAUUAGUGAUGACGGCACCGGCCUAGAAAGGCUAGAAAAAGAAAUAACAUACGAGGCCUUAUCCAAGUGGACCAGCCCAGAAGAAAUGGAAGAAGUUGAAGCGAAUGUGUAUCUCCCUAGGAUCCAGCUAGAAGACCAUUAUGAGCUGAAGUCAACUCUGAGCAGCAUGGGGAUGACAGAUGCCUUCAGCACAGACCACGCUGACUUCACUGGGAUGUCUGUGGAGAAGGAGUUGGUUCUGUCCCAGGUUUUUCACAAGUGCUUUGUUGAUAUCAAUGAAGAAGGCACAGAGGCUGCCUCUGGAAGUGCAGCUGAUGUCGUUGGGCGAAGCGAUGGGGGUGCAGUUUUGUUUGCAGCUGAUCACCCUUUCCUUUUUUUCAUCAGGCAUAACAAAACCAAAAGCAUCCUCUUCUUUGGAAGAUUCUGUUGCCCUUAAAAAAAUUACCUUUCUGUUAGCCAAUAGGAAGGACCUCGCAACAGGAGGAAGACAGGCUUCAUGAGCACAGUCUGUCUAAAUAUGAUGUUUUCUUCAUUUUCCUGUAUGGGUGAGGAAUAGGAAGAGGCUACAUAUGGCUGCAGCUGAUAUGCUCAGCAAGAUGUCAAGUCACUUCUUCAAAAACCAAACCAACCAAACCCUCAAACCCACACAUGAGAUAUGGUGUGCAUUUUAUUCCCAUGUAUUUUUGUAAAUUGCAUUUUAGUAGAAAUACAAAAUAUUUGAUGCAUCUUUCUUUUUAUGAAGUGAACUUACUAAUAUUUUUUAAGUAACUCAUGGAAGUCAGUGGACAAUACAAACCUUUUCCUGUCAUGUCUUUACAAGCAAUGUAUAUAUUGUAUACCGCAUAUUGUUACAUCUGGAUUGUAGUUAUAUGUUUCAUUAUAGUUAUUUUAUUGUUUAUUUAUAAUUUUUAUUAUUUUAUUGUGUUGUAUUUUGCAACUUUUAAUAUUGGAAGACACUGGGAUUUUUAAACUAAAAAGGCUUGCAAAAAUGAUUUGAAAUAAAAGUCACUUGACAAUU